AUGACAAAGACCAAGCGCGGUCAGAACUUGCAAAACUCAAUUCAAACACAACCUACAUUGUCAGUUCAGCCCAACGUACAACCAACCACAUCACAAUCGAUUUCAUCAAUUCAAGCGAAAAGACAGAUAACUUCCUCAAUUCAGGAUACAUCACAGCCGGUUCAGUCAACUCAUGCUGCAUCACAGUCUAUUUUCACAAAUCAGGUUGUAUCACAUUUGGCUUCAUCAAGUCAGGCUGAAUCACAACCGAAAUUAUUUAAGAAGCGUGUUGUUGGACGCGAGUCUACGGAGUAUUGGACCAUAGAAGCAAUAGUUGAAGGGCAGCUUACACACAACCCCUUCUUUCUAGUUUUUGUGGAUUUUUUAGCUGCUGAUUCGUCCUUAUUUCCAAUGCACUUUGACAAAUGGCCAAAUAUGCCUAUGUCAUACUUCGAUAGCGUCUUUGAUCAAAUCAUAGUGGAAAUGUGCAACAGAAAUGCUGAAAGUCGAAAGAAACAAAUCAUUCCACACACAGGUGGAUCCAAAGCUAACUCUAGAAGAAGGGCUGAAAUGAUGGCUGAGACCGGUCAAAUGCCUGGACGAGCAGAACUUUAUCUUGCUACUCAUAAGAAUGUAGAUGGAGCAUAUGUAAAUGAAGCGUCAAAAGUUAUCUGUGUAAGUUAGUUAAUGGGGGAAAUAAUAGCACUCCAGUUCGUUGGUUGUGUCAAG